UCAAGGCAAAUAAAUCCCCAUAACGUGCCCCACCAGAUCCCUUCUGUCCCUCUAUGUCCAUAUUUACAACUUCAACCUUUUAUAUAAUGAUAAUCCAAUUGCUGCGCUUCCUUGCAAAACCAAGUUUUAAUGUUUUUGUUUCUUCAUCGUCGUAGCAUUCUCCUAGUCAAACUGCAAAUUUGUUCAUUUUGAUAUCGUUCAUCUUCUGAUUUUAGCGAUCGAGGAAGUUAUCUACAUUUUGGCCCUCUCCACCUUUGCCGGUUGGUGCCAGACAUGGGGAGGGCGCCUUGUUGUGAAAAGGUUGGGUUGAAGAGGGGGAGAUGGACGGCGAAAGAGGAUGAGAUAUUGACCAAAUACAUCCAAGCUAACGGAGAAGGCUCCUGGAGAUCAUUGCCCAAGAAUGCAGGAUUACUGAGGUGUGGGAAGAGUUGCAGACUAAGGUGGAUCAACUACUUGAGAGCUGACUUGAAGAGGGGAAACAUUACUGCAGAAGAGGAAGAAAUCAUCAUUAAUUUGCAUGCUAUUUUGGGAAAUAAGUGGUCUUUGAUUGCCAGCCACUUACCAGGAAGAACAGACAACGAGAUAAAGAACUACUGGAACUCUCAUUUGAGCAGAAAAAUCUAUGGCUUUAGAAGGCCGUCCAGUCAAAGCUUGCCCGUGAUCAUGGACAUGACCAAGGUCGGUAUUGCUGAGAGGAAAGGCGGUAGAAGAAGCAGAUGGCCAAUGAAGAAAAACAAAAGCUACAGUACCAAGAAAGAUGCUGGCAGUUCUUCAAAUAAACCUAUGAAAAACGUUUCUGUUAAUGAAGUUGUACAAUUUCCAUCCACUCCACUGUUAGAAAAAGAAACCUUGUCCACUACUGCCAUAGAAGAUUGCAUGGCACUGGAUCCCUAUGAAGAAGACAAGGAGAGAAUGAUCCCUGUUAUAACGAGUGAUUGUCAAAAAACCGGAGAAGGAAUGUUGGGGUCAAGCGAGGAGAGAGAGAGCCUCGUUCCUAUCUCUGGUGAGGAAGGAACCAUAGAGAAUUCAAUGCUAUGCCCUAGUGGUAACAUUGAGAAAGAAACUGAUAUUUUAGCACCAUUUGAAAGUAUUGAAAGCAGUAUGAUGCUGUGUUUUAAUGACAUCAUCGACAGUGAAUUUUUACAACCAAAUGGGGAUUUGGCCUUACGCGAGUGGGGAGAGAACAAGAUCACUGUUAAUGUUGAGGAGAAAGAGAGAAGUGGAUAUUUGAGUCCAAAUAAAACGACAGCUACUAAUGAGGAAAUAGGAAGUGGAAACACUAAUGAAGAUUGUGGGGACUUGAAUUCCUGUUCAAUAACUUCGUGCUUCGUUGUUGAUGAUUGUAAUCUCGAUAAUCUUUAUUGGGAUUGGGAGAGUGUAGUUCAAGGGAAUGAGCUUUGGGAGGAGGAGUACAUUUCAUCUUGGCUGUGGAAGUGCGAUUAUAAUGGGAAAGGAGAGAGAUAUAAAUUGGAAGACAAGGACUUAGAGUUUGAGAGGCAUAAUUCCAUGGUUGCUUGGCUUUUCUCCUAAUGCUCUCUCCUCCUGCUGUUGUCUUUUUUUUCUUUUGUUUGUUGACAGUGAGCUAGACAGUAGCAACA